CCGAGUCCCAACUAACAACGAGUUGUUAUUUGAAAAAUCAGUAUGCCACAUGCAUUUCUUACGCACUAUUUGGUGUCAUAAUUUUUUUCUUUUGAGAAAGGGCAUUAUUUGGUGUCAUAGUUCAUUCCAAAAAUUAUUCGAACUGUUAAGAAUACAUCUUUUUUUUUUGAACAACGUGUUAAGAAUACUUCAAAGUUCAACUUACUUAGUAAAUAAAAAAGUAUCAUACUAUAGCAAAUUAUUGUAUAAAUGAUUUGUUAUAAUUAUCUCUUGGUAUUUACUCCUAAACAAAGAUUCUUUAUAACUGCGUACGUACUUUAGUAAACAUGCAUAUGGAUAUAUUUUAUUCAUAAGUACUCCUAUUUAUUUUGUGGUCAAACUACAUAAUAGCGCAUUUCAACAAAUUCGAUUCAAAUGGUUUACAUUAAUUUUAUUUUUAUUUUUAUUUUUUUGGGCAAAACUGCCAGUCUUGUCUUAAUUAAUUCAAAAAUAAAUUACACAUACGUGUGACUUGUAGACACCACAAUUUUUGCAAGCUACAUAAUCUGUUAUCAUAAAUCAUUCUUUACAGAUCUGUAUAAGAAUUACAGUAAUUGUCCGUACAUUUUCAUUAACUAUAUAUUUUUCUUUUUCAAAAACUAAAAUGAUUUCUCUGGUAUGUUCCAUCUCCCUGACCAGUUUGUGUAACAUGAAUGUCUCUCUCCAAUGAACCUUCGCGCAGACAUAAACAGCUCACUUCCGUCAUUAUUAUUUAUAUUUUAAAACAUUAAAAAAAAAACAAGAACUGCAUUCAUUAACAUGUUCACUCAAUCACCUCCCUCAGAUCGAUUCUUUCCUCAACCUUCAUCAACUCAAACCUCAAAACAUGUCCAGCUUCCUCAUCUUCUUCCUCUUCGUCAUCACCACUUCAUUACUCAUCACCGUCCAUGGCUACGGCUCGACAGGAACCAUCGCCGCAGCUUUCGGUUCAAACGGGUUCUUCUGCGCCAUCGACGCAAGCGGGAAGCAAGAAGUCAUCUGCUGGGACAGAGGCAACACAAACCACUCUCCCGGAGAAAUCUCCGGUUACUCACCUCCGGCGAUGUCUUCUCUCUCCGGCGGCGAAGGCUUCCUCUGCGCCAUCACCUCCAACACCUCGCGUGCCUUCUGCUGGAACCUUCAAGAUCCUUCUCAAAACCUCGUCCCGAAAGCUUUUCAGUACAACUCUUACUCGAGUAUCGCGUCCGGUAACAACCAUGUCUGCGCUAUAAGUGGGUUGUACUACUCAGGUCCUGACUACGGUCCUGUCCAUUGCUGGGAGUAUACGGACACAUCUGGUGUUCUUUGGAACUCGUCUUUUCAUAAUCCUUACAUAGACACUCUCAUGUUUCGUAAGAUCGUGUCUGGAGAUGGGUUCACUUGUGGUGUUACUAAAGAUGGAGAGUUGGUCUGUUGGGGACCAAAGUCAAACGGUUUGGGUCUCUCCGACAAGGGAGAAGGGUUCGAGGUUUUAGCUUCCGGGAGAAACUCGGUUUGUGGGGUCUCUAAAGAGUCAGGUCAGCUUCAAUGCUUUGGAGAUGAAACGGAGUUUGGAGAAGUACCAAACCGGAUCCGGUUUAUUUCUCUUUCAGCUGGUGCUGAUCAUUACUGUGGUAUCAGAGAGGAUGAUCACGGGGUUGCGUGUUGGGGAAGAAACGUGAAUUCAUCCUCUUCAGCUCCUAAUACUUCAGGUUUCGUAGCGAUCUCGUCUUCAGAUUCAACGACGUGUGGCGUUAGAGAGCUGGAUCUGGUUCUUGAUUGCUGGAGAGUUCAUGAUUCCACUAAACCGGAUUAUAGUCCUCCUCUGGAGCUAUGCAGCCCCGGGGUGUGUUCCCCUCGUGGUAACUGUGGCGAUGGAUGGUUUGCUUUCAACGCAAGUAUCUUGAAAGAGUCAGAACUCACUAGCUUGUGUUCCUUUCAUGACCUAAACAUAUGUUUACGCUGCGGGGUUGAUUGCUUGGAAGGCUACUUCCCUUCGAGUGGCUGUAACCCUAACGCGGACAGGGUCUGCACUCCUUGUUCGUUGUGUCAGAACAGUUCUUGCUACGGUGUGUGCAAGAUCCCUGCCGAGAAAUCGCGUAAGCACGAGCAGAGAGAGGUGAGGAGGCUUGUGAUCAUCAUUGGAUGCUCUGUCUUGGGGUUCUUGGUUAUGUUGGUUGGUCUAUCUUUCAUUCCGAGGAUGACUAAAGGCAGUAAAAGAGAUGAUGAAGAGAGGAGUAAGAUGACUUGUUGCUUUUGUUUCGACAAGAACUCUGUCGAAGCUGAUCCUGAUCCUGUUCCUCAGACGGGGCUUCUCCCGAGCGCUGUCUCCCUAGGGGAGACAAAGAUCUUCCGUCUCUCGGAGCUGAAGGACGCGACUCACGGGUUUAAAGAGUUUAACGAGCUGGGGAGAGGUAGCUUCGGGUUUGUCUACAAAGCUGUUUUGUCUGAUGGGGUUCAAGUCGCGGUCAAAAGAGCCAACGCUGCGACCAUUAUUCAUUCCAACAACCGAGGCUUCGAGUCCGAGUUAGAGGUUCUUUGCAAGAUCAGACAUAACAACAUUGUAAAUCUUUUGGGAUACUGCUCGGAGAUGGGUGAAAGGCUUUUGGUUUACGAGUACAUGCCGCACGGUACGCUCCAUGAUCAUCUCCAUGGAGAUCUUUCUCAGCUGGACUGGAGCAUGAGGUUGAAGAUUAUGUUGCAAGCUGCAAGAGGGCUUGAUUACUUACACAACGAGGUGGAUCCUCCGGUGAUUCAUAGAGAUGUGAAGACGUCUAACAUCUUGUUGGACGGCGAAAUGUGUGCAAGAAUUGCUGAUUUUGGAUUGGUUAGCUCGAGUGAAAGAGACUCAAGCAAGAGUGAUAGAGAAGGUGAUGUUUAUGACUUUGGUAUUGUUCUUCUUGAGAUGCUAAGCGGGCGGAAAGCUAACGAUAGAGAGUCUGAUCCUCCCGGGGUUGCGGAAUGGGCUGUUCCUUUGAUCAGGAAAGGUAAAGCUGCCGCGAUUAUCGAUAGGAACAUUGGUUUGCCUAGAAAUGUUGAGCCGUUGCUUAAGUUGGCUGAGUUGGCUGAGCUUGCUGUGAGGGAGAAUCCUAACGAGAGGCCAAGUAUGAGAAAUCUAUUGAGCUUUCUUGAUCUUAUUGUCAAGACUGGACUCACCUUUUAAUUUGAAGAAGCGUUACAAAAUGUGAAUUAUAUUAUCAGCCUUGUUUUCUUAUGCUUUUGUUACAAAAUUGUACAAUCAUUGGUUAAUUAAAGUAAUAAACUGACAGAUUUCUUUGUCAAAAUGUAUCAGAAA